AAAAGAAGUCCGCCAAACCUGAAGAAGUACUUCCGCUGUGACGUGGUUAACUCGUAGUAAAUGGCGGUCGUGAACAGGGUGGACUGUAAAUAUUUCCACGGUUGAUUCAUGUGCCGUGCUGACAGGAAAUCCACUGCCGACAAAACGACAAAAACGUUGAACUAAUGGAGAACGAAGAUGGAGAAAAGGACGCGGAGUCAGAAGUGGCCGAGCUGCGGCUGAAAGUAGACUCGCUGAAGCAGGAGCUCAAAGAGUGCAGAGCCGAGCUGGUGAAGUUACAGAAGCAGCUGAACCAGUCUGAAAGACUGCAGAGGAGCACGGAGAGCUACAACGAAGACCUGAGGAGACAGGUUGAUCAGCUGAGCGCAGAGAUUCAUGAACGGAAGAAGAAAGAGAAGGACAGAGUCAACAGUGAAACUCAGACAGAAGAAUACGUGUGGACAGAAACAGAUUAUUACAAUUACUACUAUGGAAGCUACUAUCAGAAUUCUGAGGCAGCAGACACCCAGGAAGGCCCGAACGCAGCAGCAGCAGUGGAUGGAGCUGAUGGCAGCGAGGCAGCAGAGGUUUCAGCACCAAAUGAAGCAGCGUCUGCAGAUGAGUCAGGUCAACCUGACAGCAGUGUUACAGUCACGGCAGAGGAGGGUGAUGCAGGAUCCAUAGCUGACAUGUUGAGGGCCACCGCUGAGGAGGCUAUGACACAGACUGGGUUUGUCUUUGAUGAGACUACAGGGAUGUACUAUGAUCACAGCACAGGCUUCUACUACGACUCGGCUAGUCAGUUGUACUACGAUGCCAACACAGGCAUUUACUAUUACUAUGAUGCAGAGAGUGGACGAUACCAGUUUCAUUCAAGGAUUGAGGUGCCUGCUGCACAGAAUGAUGCAGAGUCUCACCCAGACAAGAACACUUCGGAGAAGAAAGGCAGGAAGUUCAAGAAAGGGGUCAAGAAAACAUCACACCAGGAUGAUAAGGAACUCAUAUUUGAUGGUAUUAAGUUGAAAGAAGAAGAAACAGACGGGGUUGAACUGCAAACAACUAAGAGGACCGCAGAAUCCCGAAAAGUGAAGCGAAGGUCUCGCAGUGUAGACUUGGCUCCGCGUCGGGAGGAGAGCGAGAAAUCCUCAUCGAAGAGGAAGAAGCAGAAAAACGGUUCACACCAUGAUGAUAAGGGAAGAUCAAAGAAGAAAAGGAAGAAAUCAAAAUCAGCAAAGCGGAAGAAGAAAAAGAGCCCGGCUCGGAGUGAUGACUCGGAGGGGAACAGCGAACCGGAAGAGGGUGAGAUCACAGAGUCAGAGAGAGAAGAGUUGGAGUCUCCUCCUUCGUUCUCAUCAUCUUCUGGCUCCCCAUCCAAGGAAAACCCAGAAUCAGAAUCAGAGAUGGAUAUUCGGAGUCAGGAAGUCAAAGACAUUUGGCCGCCCUGUGUAAGAGUGACAGUGGUCAGGUCUCCGGUGCUGCAGGUGGGCACUCUGUUCAUCCUCACAGCUGACUCUCCAGCCACCAUUGGCAGAGAGAAAGAUAUGGAUCAUGCAAUCCGAAUACCAGAAAUGGGAGUCAGCAAGCUCCACGCAGAGGUGUACUUUGACCAGGAGCAGCAGAGCUACAUGCUGGUGGACCAGGGAAGCCAGAAUGGAACAGUCAUCAAUGGCAACCGAAUCUUACAGCCCAAAGCCAAGUGUGAGCCGCAUGCGCUGAUGCACGGUGAUGAGGUGAAGAUGGGGGAGACUGUGCUCUCUUUCCAUAUCCACUCAGGCACUGAUACCUGUGAUGGAUGUGAGCCUGGCCAGGUGAUGGCUCACCUCAGUAAGCACAGAAGAGAGGAGAAGACCGGCCCUGCUCUCACCAAAGAGGAUAAAGAAGCACUGAGACAGAAGGAGCUGAAGCAGAUGAAGGCCAAAUAUGGCCUGCAGAGCAGUGAAUACGAGGAGGCCAAAGCCCUGAAGAACCCCAAAUACAAGGACCGUGCAGAGUCUCGACGUCAGACAGUGGGCAGCGAGGGGGUUUUCCAACGAGACGAUGCACCCGCAUCUGUCCAUGAGGAGAUCAGUGAAGUCAAUAAAGGAAGGAAGAUGUUGGAAAAAAUGGGCUGGAAGAAAGGAGAGGGACUGGGCAAAGAGGGGACUGGAAUGAAAGACCCAAUUGAACUGAAAAUCAGAAAGUCCCAGUCAGGUUUGGGGGCCGGUGCUGCCUUGUCUCUAGACAGUGUUUCUCUGACCAGAUCCAAGUCCCAGAAGAACUGGGAGAAAGCCCGAGAGAGAUUCGCCGAUUCAUGCCAGCCUGACAUGUUGACAUACAAAACACAGAACAAGUCACCCAAAGCCUGGGUCAGACAAGAAGAGACUGAGACCGCCAACACACAAACAGACAGCCAGAGUUAGGGAUAAGUGCGGGUGCAUAUAUUUAUUGUGGAUAUGGAGAGCUGAGUGUUAUUUUUACUCAGUUUGUUCUUUAGUGUUUUGGCUGAAGAACCCAACAACAAAUUAAAUCUGAACUGAUUUCCUCUUAGUACCACUUUGUUCUGAAGAGAACAGAAUCAGACCACCCGUGUGAAAUAUGGCACCUGAUAUUUAUUAGGUCUUAUUCUUUUGAUGAAAAUGUGUUAGUUUUAGUCCUUUGAUUUUUGUUGACUGACUUUGGUCUAGUUUUAGUCAACAAAACUUAAGACAUUUGAGUCUACUUUUAGUCUCAUUUUUGUCAUGUAUUUUUAAUUUUUAUGUCAACUAAAUAUUUUGAUGCUA